GAAUUGCUAUUUAGAUUUUUUUCUUUGUUCGCCCAUUUGAUCUGUCUCUGUAAUGAGUGACUCCUUUAUCAUAGCAAUAGACUUUGGUACUGCCUACAGCGGAUAUGCCUUCAGUGUGUCACCAAGAGAGGCACAAACUGAGCCCAUUCUGAAGACCUGGGGCAAGAAGUAUGGAUUUGACACCCCGAAGACUCCGACCUGCAUUCUUUUUAAUGAAAAAGAAGAAUUCAUUACGUUUGGUUAUGAUGCCAAAAUGGCGUACUGUAAAAUGGGUAAAACAGAGUCACAGGAAAAAUACUUCUUUGAAAACUUUAAGAUGUCUCUCUAUGGCACACAACUCGAUAGAAACAUGAUGAUUCCAGCAGCAAAUGGAAAGUCGAUGAAUGCCCUGAAAGUUUUCACAGCGGCACUGCGCUUCCUAAAGGAAGACGCACUGGACACCAUCAGCGCCCACACAUCAGGGCGGCAGUAUAUUGCCUCUGAUUUCACCUGGGUGCUGACGGUACCUGCUAUCUGGGAUGUUGCAGCAAAGCAGUUCAUGAGAGAAGCAGCAACUGAGGCUGGCAUUGUAACAAAUGAAUCGGCAAACCGGUUGGUAAUAGCACUGGAGCCCGAGGCAGCAUCAGUCUGGAGUAAGAAGCUCCCAGUUGAUGGUUUCAUUGCAGACAACCAAAACAAGGACACACUAGAGCAGGCUCCAGGAACACAAUACAUUGUUGUUGAUUGUGGAGGUGGUACUGUUGACAUAAGUGUACAUGAAGUGCUGUAUGGAGGAGCCCUGAAGCAGCUGCACAAGGCUUGUGGCAACAAUAUGGGAGGACAAACGGUUGAUGAAAAAUUCAAAGAUUUCCUCAAAGAAAUAUUCUUAGAUGACCUCUGGGAUGAGUAUGAAAAGAGUUAUCCUAGCGAGCUUCAGAGAAUCAUGUAUGACUUCACUGUCGUCAAACAAGUGGAUGACGAUGCCACAAUCCUUUGCCCAUUUAACUUGGCAGAAUUAGCUAGGAAAAGGCAAAAUAUUGAUAUGUACUUCAAGCAGGUGCAAGGUGCAUCCUGGGAGGAUGGAGAAAUCAAAAUCUCAAGAGAGAAAAUGAAAUCUUUCUUUGCUGAGAGUGUAGGCAAGAUCACCAACAAUCUCAGAGAAAUCUUGAAGAAAGGUUUCGAAAUCCAGUACAUUCUGUUGGUGGGGGGCUACGCUUCAAGUGAUGUUCUGCGCAGGUACAUCACCAAUCAGUUCACUGCUCAGUGUAAAGUGCUGUGCCCUUACAGGGCACAGGAGGCAAUUUUGAAAGGAGCUGUCAUGUUUGGAAAAACCCCGGAGGUUGUGGCAAUCCGGAAAAGUGCUUUUACUUAUGGGAUUGAUGUCUGGCAGAUAUUUGAUGAGUCCAUACAUAAGAAAGAAAAGAAAACCUCAAAUAAUGACGGGCUCUGGUGCCGUGAUAUUUUCAGGAAACUGGUGGAAAUCGGUGAAGACGUAGGUUGGGAUGAAACCAGAGAGCACAUUUUCCAUCCAGUAGAUGCAAAUCAGACAUUUGUGAAUUUUGCAUUUUAUCGCACAGAGAGAGAAAAUCCAAUGUAUGUUGAUGAGUGGGGCCUGGAGGCUGUUGGUUCGGUUGAUGUUAGCAUGCCUUUGACAGAACGUGGCCGAAAUCGGAAAAUCAAAUUGGAAAUAAAGUUUGGCUCCACAGAAAUUCAAGCCACAGUCACUGACGUUGAUUCCAAGUGUACAGGUAGAACCAACAUUGAUUUCAUGACCAAAGCAUGAAGAUAGAUGUUUGUAAUAAUAUGGAAAUUCAACCAUCUCCUCAGUUGUUUCUUCAAAAGCUAUUGCAUCAACAUCAUACACACAGGUCAACAGAUAUUAAAGAAAGAAGACAUGACUCUGUAUGUAUUUAUUGUUCAUUACUGCUUCAGGAAUACAGUAUCCCAAACAGAAGGCUCAGCCAUUGCAACCAUGUCAACUCACUUCACACAUACAACCCCUGCAUGUAGUUAGUGCUAUACUCAUUAUAAUGCAAUGUGUCACAGUCAUAAUCAUAGUUGCUAUGAGCACAUCCAUGACAGCGACAACAAUGGCCACAGCCAUGUCAUCUCAUGGCAACAGUCUUAAUAUAACUAGUUGUAUCUACCAACAAUAGUACAGUACAGACUCGCAGCUUUAUUUAUGUAAUGCGGAAUUAUUGUGAAGGAAUGUGAGCGUAGUUCAGAAUACAAAUUCCCACAACUUGCUUCGUUAUACACAUGAAAGAGGCAGGGUUGUGUACUUGACUGAAAACUUUAUGUUGGCUCUAUGAUCUAUUGUAACUUAAACAGUUAUGUUUGUUUGUUUUUUCUGCCAAUAACUCCUGGAUGUCUUAAACGUCCUACAUAUAGACUACAUUUCAAAUUUUAUUUUAGACAUAGACAUUUUAUUAUGCAUGUAGACAUCCAUCCAGUUAAAUUCCCAAAGAUGCAGUUUAACAGAAUGUGUUAAAGUGGUAAUUGGAAAAAUAUGUAUUUUAAAUGCUACGAAAUAUUAUAGGUGAUAUGACUUAAUGUUUUUUAUUUCUUAUUUACAUCGUACCAGUGUGUGAACUGGCACAUGAAACAA